AUGAAUCUUAGCGAGGAAUUAUUAUUAUUAUUAUUGUUAUUCGGGGUUAUAUAUAUAACCCUUGAUAUUUUAUUGUGGAGAACACUAUUUGAUACAUUUGAAAAUUGGGAUGACCAGCAACGAGACAGUUUCAUCAUCCUCCAGUCCCAAUAGUUUAACCUGGAACCACCAUCGCAAAGAACCUAUUGCGAUAUUUGCGGUGCUGAUGAUUUCGAUGAUUGUAAUGAGAAAGCGCAUGGGACGCUUGCGGGGCGAGCAGCAUCGACUGUUUGCGAAAUUUGUGGUGUUUUAAAACAUUUACCCUGCGAUGGAGCAAAACAUUACGAAUGGUUCACAGAUGCUUAUGAAGAUGACGAUGAUGACGACGGUAUAAAAUUAGUAUCACAGUACGAUGAUGAUGAUGAUGAUGAUUUACAGGGUUUGACCGUUCUACCCGACACGAAUAUUCCCGAACGGAAAAUGUUUGAUGACCCUAAGGACGUUGAGGAGUAUGUUAAAACUGCAUACGAACAUAUAUUUGCUGAACACAAAAAACUAUAUGAUGAAGAAUCUGGACCAAAAAAAAAAUGUGAUUUUUAA